AGGUAACUUAGGAUUACUUUAAGUGUAGCUAAUUUUUUGAACCAUGAUAGAAUCUAGAUUCGUAGACAAAAUGAAAUAUUUUAUUUUCUUAUUAAUAUUAUGCUUAGGAUUCUUCUCUGAACGUGGAUUAAGUGAAAAAUUAGUGUCGAAACAGCAAUCGCUUGUUGGAAAAUCGUAUAACUUAUAUAAUGAUGAGCAAAACCAAGGGGACCAUAUAUUUGAAGAUCCAGUUCGAAAUUAUGCAGCUUGUGAUUGCGGACCAGAUUCAAAUUGCAUGUGGAUACGUGAUGGAUGGCUGGGUUUCAAUUCUAAAAAAGUAUGUCUUUGCAAACCAGGUUAUUAUGAAGUGAAUGAAAAAUGUAUAGGUCCUUGUUCCAAUAACCCUUGUAAGAACGGAGGCACUUGCAAAGAUGUUGAAAAGGGUUAUGAAUGUGUAUGUACUUCCAAUUACACAGGGAAGGAUUGUAUUGAGAAAGUUACUCCCUGCACCUUCAAUCCUUGCAAGAAUGAUGGAAACUGUACGGUUUUGGGAGAGGGUUUCACUUGCAACUGCCCCAAACCGUACACUGGACUGACAUGUGAGACAGACCCUUGCACACAUAACCCUUGUAAAAAUAAUGGAACAUGCAAAGUAGAUGGCGAAGAGUUCAAGUGUUCUUGUGUAGGUCCUUGGAAAGGAAACAUUUGCGAGCAUGGUCCUUGUGACGAGAAUCCGUGUCAGAAUGAUGGAACAUGCAAAGUUGGUAAAAAAGGCUAUAUUUGCACAUGCAAGCCACCCUAUAGCGGACCACAAUGCCAAAUUGGACCUUGUGACAAGCAGCCAUGUCAGAACGGAGGAACAUGCAAAGUUGGUAAAAAAGGCUACAUCUGCACAUGCAAGUCACCCUAUAGUGGACCACAUUGCCAAAAUGACCCAUGCACGUUUAAUCCUUGCAAAAAUAGUGGCCAAUGCCAAGUAGUUGGAAAUCUGUUCAAGUGUACUUGCAUUGAACCUUGGACAGGAGAAACUUGUGAAGAAAAUUCAUGCACGUUUAAUCCAUGCAAAAACAGUGGACAGUGCCAAGUAGUUGAAAAUCAGUUCAAAUGCACUUGUAUUGAACCUUGGACAGGAGAAACUUGUGAAAAAAAUCCUUGUACUUCAUACCCGUGCAAAAAUGGAGGAGCAUGCAAAUUGAAUACACAAAGUUUCAGCUGCGAUUGCGUGCCCCCAUUCCAAGGUGAAUUAUGUGAAAUAGGUCCUUGUUCAUGGAAUCCCUGCCAAAAUGAAGGAAUAUGCAGCGUUGAAGGAUCAGGUUUCAAAUGUAUUUGUAAACCUGAAUUUAAAGGAAUAUUAUGUGAAAUAGCUGUCGGAACUAGCACAUCAGUUGCUACUGAAUCAUCUAGCAUGAUGACUACAGUUCUCACGUCAACAAUCCCAUCUUGUUAUUGUGGUCCAGCAACAGAAUCAUGCCAAUUUGAUUCGUUUGGCGAGAAAAAUUGUAUCUGUUCUCCUGGGUACAUACCAGUCAUUGGAUAUUGCACGGAAUGCAAAUGUGGUGCAAACCAAGAUUGUUUCUUGAAAGCCAAUAAUGAACCCGACUGCAGUUGUAUUUUUGGAUAUGUCGAAAAAUUGGAAGACGGCGCUGUAACUUGCUUAAAGUGCAACUGCCACGAAACGCAAAUAUGUUUCGUAAAUGAUGAAGGAAACGCAGAUUGUAGAUGUGCUUCUGGACAAAUAGAAAAAAUAGAUGACCAAGGCGUAAAAUCUUGCCUCUCCUGCUAUUGUCCUCAUGAGCAUGAGUGCCACUUAGAUGAAUCUGGAAACACGGCUUGCAGAUGUCCUAAAGGAAAAAUUGAACAAAACAUUUACGGUUUACGUUCUUGCGUCCAUUGCUAUUGUCACGAGACUCAGGAAUGCUUCUUGAAUGAAGCCGGAUCAGUGAACUGCAGAUGCCCUACUGGAUAUAUUGAAAAAAUGGAGAAGGGUGUAAAAACAUGCAUCGAAUGUGACUGUGGUGUCUACGGAAUAUGCAGCCUUGUGGAAGAAGAAAAGAAAUGCACCUGCGCCCCUUCAUCGGCAGAGUUGGAUGGGAAAUGUGUGGAAUGCGAUUGUGGCUUGGAUGGUUUGUGCAGAUUUGAAUCUGGUCAAAAGAAAUGUGUCUGCAGACCCAAAACUAUUGAAAGAGAUGGGAAAUGUGUAGCUGUCGAAACUAGCACAUUAGUUACAACUCAUUCCUCAAGUCUGAUGACAACAAUUCUGAUGACAACGAUUGCCUCUUGUUCUUGUGGAGAAAAUUCAAAAUCGUGCGCCUAUAACUGGGAUAAUAAGAAAAUAUGCGAGUGCUUACCUGGAUAUGCUGUAAAGGAUGUUUAUUGCUUCGAAUGCAACUGCGGGCCUCAUGGUUCCUGUAAAUUUGUAAAUGAUCAAAAGAAAUGUAGUUGCGCACCUUUUACUGUUGAAAUGAAUGGAGUCUGUGUAGAUGUAGGCACAACCGAUUCCAUCCGUACGUCUACAAUGAUCAGUACGGCUUCAACAGUCAGGGAUUGUACCUGUGGUCAUACUACAAAAACCUGUCGCUAUAACGUGCUUGGCGAAAAGGAAUGCACUUGUUAUCCUGGAUAUGCUGUAAAUCAAGGCUAUUGCGAAGAAUGCAAUUGUGGACCCUACGGUUCGUGUAGUUUCGAAUAUGGCAGAAAAAGAUGCAACUGCAAAUCAUCUACUGUCGAAAAGCAUGGAUUGUGCGUUGUAGUAGAAUCUACUACCACGGAGAAGGUAACCACUCGAAUGCCUACAACUCUCCCUCCCACUACACGAAGUUGUUCUUGUGGAGAAAACUCAAAAUCGUGCACCUAUAACUGGGAUGAGGAGAAAAUAUGCGAGUGCUUUCCUGGAUAUGCUGUAAAGGAUGAUUAUUGCUUCGAAUGCAACUGCGGACCUUACGGCUCUUGUAAAUUUGUAAAUGAUCGAAAGAAAUGUAGUUGCGCACCUUUUACUGUUGAAAUGAAUGGAGUUUGCGUAGAUGUAGACACUACUUCAUCAAGGGGAACAACCGAUUCCACCAGUACGUCGACAGUGGUCUCUUCAACAGUACGGGAGUGCGAUUGCGGCAUAAACGCGCGGUCCUGUUUCUACAGAAGGAAUGGAGAUAAAGUAUGCAAUUGUGAUUUUGGAUACAUUGAAAUGAACGGAUAUUGUUCAGCUAUAUGCAGUGAAGAGAAGUGCGUGCAUGGAAAAUGUAAAGUAAUAGGAAAUGGUUUCAAAUGCAGAUGCAACGUCGGAUUUACUGGUCCCAGAUGUGAAGAUAAAAUUGAGACUAAGUCAAAUAAACUGAAUCUAUGGAUGGCUAUGCAGUUUACAAUAACAUUUGCCAUAUUUCUAUUACUUUCUGGAAUGUUUUGUUUCUUGGGCCGUAUGCUGAAUAAAAAUGCCAAAAAAUGAAUAGUGUAUUCAAAACCUCUUAUCAUUUGAGAAGGAAAAACUUUUAUUUUUUUCAUUCAAAAAAUUUUAAUUCAGCAUUUUAAAAAAGAUUGUAUUUUUAUGCAUAAAUAAGGAAGACAAUAAGUCAUAAGAAAAAGAAAAAAAUAUUCUGGAAUCACAAAGUGUUUUUAAGGCAAAAUAUUCAAAAGCAGCUCUUAUAAACUUUUUCUCUUGUUUCCUUGUUUAUAUAUAGUGAAAAAGAUGGUUAAUAUCUUUGAAAUUUAUUAUUUGCCAAUGAGAUAAAUGAUCCAGUUUCUAAUUGCAGAUUAUUCCUAUGUAAAACAAUCAUUUCAAUAAAAAUAAAAUACCACUAUUUAUUAUUAAAUAAUACUAUUUAUCACUAUUUAAAUACCACCAAUUAUUACCUUAUAUAUUAUUGUGUCUUAAGAAUACUCUAGGAAGAGUUACUAUUUCUGUAAAACGAUACUAGUUUUUUCCGGCUUUGAAGAAGCUUUUGUUCUCCUGUGUUUACACUGAAUCCGUUGCUUUGUGGCGCCAUCUACAUUUUGCUCUGGUAACUUCAAGUGCUAAUUUGUGAUGAUCAAACUUCCGUGAUAUCUGUUUAGUUUCUAAAUCUUUAGUGCAGCAAUUUUGGAUUAUAUAGUCUCUCGGGAUUGUGCGAAAGAAAUUGACAACUUUGUUGGUGACUUUAAAGCGAAACGUAUUGCUUGGAAUUAUCGCGGAAGGAAACAGAAAUAGAAUGAUCAUUUAUAAUUUUAUGUGCGAUAACAAUCUAAUCUUGUUGGCUUUACCUACACUUAUGUUCUUUUCCAGUAAUGGAAUCUUCAAGAAUUUCUGAGGCACCGUUUCUAUUAACUAUCUUAGUAGCGAUCAUAACCAGGUUUCUUUUGAAAUUGGUAACAAUUCCAACAUUUCUGCAAUAAUCAAUAUGAAAACAACUAACAUUUGCCCCCAGGAAAUCCAAUGAUCUACACUAUAUGCAGUAUUGACGUAAAGUUUGCUAAACUCAUCAUAUCUAUUUUAACAAUCAUGCCUCCAAGUUUAAACUUAUAAAUGGUAACCAACAGGAAAUGUAUUCAAAGCAUCCCGGGAACAAUUAAACACGGAAACAAAUAUAGUCAAAAGUGGCAUAAAAAACUUGACUUUAGGGUAAAUGAAUGAAAUAAAAAAAUGAAGUUAAAAAGUCGUAAAUUGCAAAUAAAGACAUCAACAAGAUUAAAAUUAUUUAUCUUUAAGUCUAAUCCUGAGAAUAACGAUAUAUAGAAAGAAAAUUGAAAAUUUGCAAAAAAAAAAAAAAAAAAAAAACACUUCAUAUAUCAUCUAUUUAAGAAACGGAUGGUUUAUACAGCAUUCCUCUGGACAAAGCCAUUGCUUUCAAAUAUUCAUUAGAAAAAUCUUCUCAAAACAAUCCAGAACUUUAUGAGAAAAACAAAAUCUCUAAAGUCAAUUUUGCAUGUGAAAAAUACCAAAACACCCAACACCCUCGUCAACCCAGAAAUUUUAAACCGAGUACACUUCAAGAAACAAUUGCAAACAUGAAAAAAAAAUUAAUUCAAAAAGGACACAGGGCCAGACGCUAAAGUUCUGAAAUCCCUUCCUCUUUAUUUCCAACAUAAUGAACAGACAUCUGCAACAUCAAUAUUUUCUUCCCCAAGCUGGUGAUGAUAUCCAUAUGCGGGUCAGAAGCCAUAUUGCUCAUCGGGGACACUAUUAAUCAGCAGUUCACAAUCGCAACUGUGCCAAAGUUUCUAAAACCAAGACAAAGUCCAAAACUUCCUGUAAUUUACAGACUAAUUAGCCUCUUAAGCAACUUGAGAAAACUCCAUGAGAUGAUUAUACUUGCAAGACUCAAGGACAAAUGGAAACUGAUUAAUAUUGUCUCCGAUGAAUAAUGUGGAUGUGCACACCAGUAGAGCAUUCUGAGGGUCUAAGUACCAUCACGCAUGGCUUUAACAACAAGUUGUACACCCUUGGGAAUAUCUUUGAUGUAAGAAAAACCAUUGUCAGAAUAUGGCUCAAUAAUCUCAUCUAUGAACUCAUAGAUUUUAAAAUACCGUCUUACCUCAUAAACAUAAUAAUGAAAUUCCUCACCAGUAUAGCAUUCUAGGUAAAAAUAAACUACAACAAUUUCUACAAACGGUGAGAUCAAAACAAGUAUGCCUCAAGGAAACAACUGCAGUCCUUUAAUUUAUAGCCCUCGAUACUCAUCUAUAAACCAACUUCCUCAAGACUAACAAUAUUACAAACUGCUUCUUUACUUAUGAUAUCAUCAUCAUCUUACUCAAAGCAGCAUCAUAAAUUGUGACUUCAAAAAGGUUUCCUAAACAUUGAAAUAUGGUGCACCAAGUGAUGUAUUUUCAUCUAUAUUAAAAAAUAAAAACGCAUGAUGUCAUAUUCAGGAAAGGAUAUUUAAAUAAACUAUCUACAAUCAAAUCGUUUGAAGAUUGCCUUAUUUGGAAAAAAGGGAUUAAAAUAUCUUGGACUGAUGCUAGACAAUACGUUCCUUUUAAAAGUCAUAUCAACUAGAGUAAAGAGAAAUUCUGGACUAAAAUUCACCUCAUUAUCCAUUCUCAAAGUCAGACGCUCUCUUCUUCCAUUAAAGAAUAAAAUGCUGUAACACAAACAAAUUUUAAGACCCAAUAGUAGCUUAUGAAGUUGAAAUUUUGUGACUUGCCGAUAAAUCCAACCGAAAAAAAUUCAAACUUUUCAAAAUAAAAUAUUUCACGUCAUUACCAAUACUUCCUGGUUUAUAUGGAAUGAUAUUCGACACAGUGAUCUUAAGCAUUCUGAAGAUAAAUGAUUUAUUUCAUCAAAGAACUCUCAAGAAAAAAUUUUAAUCAAUUCAAAACUUAUGAAACUCCCACAGACAAAGGACAACUCAAUUGUACUCAUUUCAGUGGAAAAUAUGCUUUUCUUUACUCUACUAUUAAACGGAUUUUGACAUUAAAACCUCUCAAAUCCCUUUCGAAAUUAUGACUGCUUCUAAAUAAUUGUUCCAAUUUUCAUUUUUAGCGCAAAUAAAGAAUCUUUUUCUCUUCCCACCUGGUGCAUGAACAUUUCUUACUAUUUUGUCUUCUGUUACUAGCUACUUUCUACUGGGUGACACCUCGUAGUUGGGAAUAAGAAGCUUCCGUCAUGAUAGGUGGUUCUCGCCACCCUGUAGUACAGAAAAAGACGGGGGGGGGGCAAAUUCUUCCCAACGAAGGGAAAGGUUGUACCGUGGCCGGUGAUGAUCCUUAGGACUCAACCACAGUUCUUACUAGUGUUGCUGUUGCGGUCGUUCGGUCAUGCAGAAUUCUCCGUGUGCCUCAGGAUGGGUCGGAGCAGCCGGUUUAAGGUUACUAGCUUCAAACUGAGCAGAAGUGCCAAGACACAUAAGCUCUUCACAUAUCUUAUUCAUGAUUGUAUUCAAAAAUAUUUGUAACAUCAGAAAAGACCUAAAUGUUCAAUCAAUGUUUUAAUGUGAAUUCAUUAAAAGAACUGUCAACGUCCUUUUUCGAAAGAGCUUACAAAAUGUAAAAUAUUACAAUUCGUUCGGCUCCACAUAAUAAAAAUUGGCUCUGAAAACUGCUAACAAAUAAUUCCCACCUCAAGGACAGCCACUCAUCCCAAGCCGAAACCGCAACCUGGUAAGACGUUACCUGCCUUUAGACUGUCAUAAAACAAGACGAACUCAUUGACAUGACGAAUUUCGGCCAGUAAUAAUUUAAAAAAAAAAACUAUUAACAAAUAUUUUACUAAUCAGAUUGAUUUCUCAAUGAAAAUUGUCUUUUUUUUUUUUUUUAUUCUCAAACGGAAACGUUAUUGAUCAAAUGUUUCUUUGAAUCGUUAUAAAAUGAAAUACCUUAGAUAUCUAAAAAAUGUAUUUAUUUAUCACGAUUGAUAGGAUAAAGUAAUACAGUUUCAUUUUUUUUGUAAUAAUCUCGGCAAAAUAAUAAUAACUUUCAUUCAUUUGCUGCUUUUCCUUAGCAAUAUAUCCCAUCUACCCUAAUUAACUACUCAACACAAUAUUACUAACUGAGAUUAGUUAAAUCAUUUCCUUUCAAUAUUGUUAUGAAGAGAAAUUAUUGGCGGUCAAUCCAAUUUCUCCAGACAAUUACUCGUAUUCGUGAUCAAAAAUAUUUCUGUAAUCAAAAAAUGUCUCGUAUAAUUUGCCCUUAAGAAAGCAAACAUUAUUUCAACUCGUGAAUAAUUUUCUUACUUUGAUAUCUCUCAGAUUUUUCUUUAAAUCGAAGUUUGAUAUAUCUUUCUGCUUUUGCUUGU